AGCUGGAGGGGAUUGGCCAUUGGAUCUGUGGGGCAAUCGCUGCUCCCUCUUUCAUCUACAAGGAGCAGGUGUUCUGGAUUCAGGCAGUGAUGAUAUCAUACUCCCCCCAGCCUCCCUUCAUAAAGGGUUUGGAUGGUGAGUUAGGGCUUAUCUUCCCGUGGAAAUGAAGUGAAAUAGCUAGUCUAGAAUUCUUAUUCUACAAUAAUUCCAGACCAGAAAUCCUGCCAUAACUCCUCAUGUGGACUUUUAUUCCACAGUAGCUGAUUUGAAGUACAGUGCUGAGCUCUUUGGAGAGCUGUGGAAAUGGGUCUGAACUCACAUGCUGCCUAUCUUGUCGCCCUAUGGACCAGCCACCUGUUUCUCCUGACAGCUGGGCACUCAAGGGUGAAUCCUAGAAUUAUUACAGCUCCAAAAGGGGAGAGACGCUUUCUGCUGGACAAGCAUGAGACUCUCACAACUUUCUACCAUGAGGAGGGGAAUUCCUCUCUCUUGGUGGGAGCAGAGGGAAAGCUCUAUUACUUCGACUUUGAGAGCUCCAGUAACCACACGGAGGACUUCCCUGAACAUGAUACAGAAGCCUGCCAAAACCCAGAGGAGAAGAAGAACUACCUGACUUUCAUUAGCAAGUACCACGACAGACUGUUGUUAUGUGGGACAAAUGCCUGCAAGCCCACCUGCUGGAACUUGGCCAAUCGGAAUAAAGUUGGAGAGGCCGCCCAGGGCUUGGCCCCUUUUGUGCCUAAUCAGAACUCCCUGGUCCUUGUUGAUGGCAAAGACAUCUAUUCCACCAUCAGCUUGCACCAGCACAAUGGGAAAAUACCCCGCUUCCGCCAGGUCCGAGGGACUGGGGAGCUCUACACCAGUGACACAGUGAUGCAGAACCCGAAGUUUGUGAAAGCCACUGUCAUCAAGCAAGAUGAGCGCCAUGAUGACAAGAUCUACUAUUUCUUCCGAGAAGACAAUCCGGACAAGAGUCCCGAGGCCCCGUUAAAUGUCUCCAGAGUGGCCCAGCUGUGCAAGGGUGACAAAGGGGGCAUCAGCUCCCUCUCUGCUUCCAAGUGGACAACCUUCCUGAAGGCCACGCUGGUCUGCGUCAACCCAGCCACCAAGAGCAACUUCAACUUGCUGCAGGAUGUCUUCAUUGUCCCGUCAGACAAGAACUGGAGGGAAACCAGAGUGUAUGGACUCUUCUCCAACUCCUGGGGGUACUCUGCUGUUUGCGUCUACACCAUCGGUGACAUUGACAUUGUGUUCCGGACAUCGAAACUCAAAGGCUACACUAAGGACAUGCCCCACAUCCGUCCUGGACAGUGCCCUUGGGGCAGAAAUCAUACCCCUCCCGAGACUUUCAAAAUAGCUGACCUGCACCCGGAGGUGGAGGAAAGGGUACAGCCUGUUGCCCCAAGGAAUAGUCCCCUAUUCCACAACAAGAAUCGCUACCAGAAAAUCGGGGUGCAUCGCAUCCAGGCGAGGGAUGGACACACCUACAACGUCCUCUAUUUGGUGACAGACAAAGGGUAUAUCCACAAAAUGGUAGAGAUGCUGCACGGCGUCCUGAACAUCCUGGAGAUCCAGCCCUUUCAACCGCCAGCUCCCAUCCUGGCCAUGUCCCUGGAUCAUAGAAAGGCAAAGCUCUAUGUGAGCUCGCCGAGUGAGGUGGUCCAGUUGCCCAUGGACAUGUGCGAGGUAUAUCACAGGAGCUGUGAGAGCUGUGUCAUGGCAAAGGAUCCCUACUGCGGCUGGGCAGAUGGGAAAUGCAUCUCCGUUAAAGCUAACCUGACAAUGCUACAGAACUUGACCCUGGAGGAGUCCUUACUGGAAAUAUGUCCCCAUUCCAGCUUCAAACAGCAGGAAGUGGAUACCCCGAAGAGCUACCAGAACAUCACUGUGGCACUCUUCUCCCGCUAUUUCCUGUACUGCCCCACCGAAUCUCAUGCUGCCACCUACAUGUGGCACCACAAUGGCAGCUGCAUCCAGAACUGCUCCACCCAUGGGCCCUGCUUCCACUUCAUCGAGAACAUGACCCACAACCUCUACGGGCGCUACACCUGCAUCUCAGAGGAGAACGGCUUCUCCCAAACCCUCGUGAGGGAAUGGCUGCUGAAGCAACCUAAGCCUUCUCAGACUUUGAGGCAGAGGAGCCAGGCUGUGGCCACCUCCUCCCCCUCCUUCUGGCUGGGCUUCCUGCCGAUGAUUGCUCUUGUCCUACCAUUCCAGUGAAGGGGUGGGGUGGUGUCCACACCCAUGGGCCAGGACUCACCAUUUGGGCUACUGCUGAUCCUCUUCCCCUUCUUACCAGCACCACAGAAAGGAAGGGAUAGCCCCAUCCCAGUGGCUGCUCUCUGGACGUUCAUCUUUGCGCAUCUCGGCCCCCUCUUAGCUUUGUAAGAGGCAUCCCUUCCACUCGAAGCAGAUGGAUUCCAUCCCCCACAUGUGCGUACCCAUCGAUUCCAUUGUGGCAGCUUCAUGCCGGAAGGUGUUUUAGGGACACUGAAUGGAGGGGAUGAAACCAGCCCAGAUCCCUCUCCUGAUUCCAUGCAGCACAGGAGGCCACCAAAGAGGGGGGCAGGACUGGACUGAAGCUAACGCCACCAAAGAGAGUAACACAGGGGGCUGAUCUGACUGUGUCUAGUGCAUAGACGCCGACUCUGUGAGUGCUCCAGGGCUGGAGCACCCACAGGGAAAAAUUAGUGGGUGUUCUGCACCCACCCGCAGCCAAGCUCCCCUCACCCUCCGCCCCUCCUCCUCCUCCAGGGGACAGGCAGGGCUGGGGCAGGGAUUUGGGGAAGGAGUUGGAAUAUUGGCAGGGAGGGGGUGGAGUUGGGAUGGGGACUUCGGGGAAGGGUUGGGGCCUUAUGGAAGGGGCGGAGUGGGGGUGAGGCCAGGGGCAGUGUUGGGGUCAAGCACCCACAGGAAAAGGAGGAAGUUGGUGCCUAUGGUCUAGUGAGGGAGGGAUGUGCACACAAGAGAACCUAGGCUCAGGGGAGAGGAAGGGGGCAAAACAAAGGAGAGUGGAGUCAUGGUUUGGGACAGAAAAUGUGCAGGAGGUGACGUUGGCAGGGAAUGGAGGGGGCUGUCAGGCAGGAGGGGUGGAAGAGAUGGAAAGAUCAUUUUAAUAAGUGUUCUGCACUAGAAGAGGAGGGGGCUGCAGAUUGGUCAGCAGGGGGUCGGGGAAGGAUCCUGCCUUGGUGUUUCUCCACUGAAAGGGAAAGGCAGAGCAAUUGCUGUAGACAGCAGCAGCCUGUGGGGCAGGGAGAGCCCAGCUAAGCAGGGACAAGAGUCAGUCCAGCUGCGCCGGGGGAAAUGAGUCAGGAGAGGCACAUGGAUACAGAGGAUGAGCUGUAUUAAUUCAUACAGUUGUCCUGGGUUCCUGCAGACUUGGGGCAUGUGGUGAGGAUCAAGGCUGGGGUGGGUCCAUUGGAACUGCACAACUUGAUGGCUUGUUGGUCUUGUCUAACGUUCUUGUUACGUUUUUGAAAACCGUUAUCUAUUCCACUCCCAACCUGCCUAGUCAGAGUCCAGGCAAGUCUCCCAGCUUGUCUCCGAGAGAUUCCUCUCUAAGGGUGUGGCUACACUGCCAUUAGACACCUGCCACUGACCCAUGCCAGCUGACUCCGGCUUGCGGGGCUCCGGCUAAGGGGCUGUUUAAUUGUGUAGAUCUUGAGAUCUUGGACCAUUCCCCUUCACAGGAUCCUAGAGUCCAGGCUCCAGCCCGAGCCCAAAUAUCUACAUCACCAUUACCCUAAAGCACUGUGCAACUCCAGGGCCCUGGAGUAUUGCUCACCAGAAAAGGAGAUGCCUCUCUGAUCCCUCCCAAGAGCCUGGGAGAAAUGCAUUUCAGUUUUGAGUGUGUGUAAAUACCUUUGAGUGUGAGAGCAGAUCAUUUUGUGUGUGUGUAAAUCCAAUAGCUGAGCACCUCUGUGUGGGUUUGUUAGUGGAUCAUCAGG